AUGAUUAACGACACGCCCGCGUGGAAAGCUCUAGCAGAGCAUGCUAAUGAGAUAAAAGCCACACACUUACGUGAUCUUCUUGCAGAUGAGGCACGUAAUGCCAUGAUGCGCACGGAAUGUCAAAACAUAUAUCUUGACUUCUCGCGCCAGAAUGCGACUUCCAAAACGGUGGAUCUGUUGUUCGAGCUGGCGGAGGCUGCUGAGCUAAAAAAAAAGCUACAUGCCAUUGCGUCGGGUGAGCACGUAAACGCCACUGAGGAUCGUGCAGUUAUGCACAUGGCUCUACGUGCUCCCAAGACGGAGAAGAUCUUUGUAGAUGGCCAUGACGUUGUGCCUGACGUGCACAAAGUCUUGGACGCUGUCCGUGCCUUCUCUGACAGUGUCCGUGGGGGGAACUUUGUGGGUGCUACGGGCAAAAAAAUUACAAACGUUAUCUCUGUCGGUAUUGGCGGUAGCUACCUUGGUCCCGAGUUUGUAUUCGAAGCUUUGCGCUACGAGCCUGUAGCCAAGGCCGCCGCGGAAGGUCGCAAACUCCGGUUUUUGGCCAAUGUGGACCCUGUGGAUGUGGCCCGUGCCACGAGUGGCUUGAAUCCCGAGGAGACUCUCGUUGUAAUUGUAUCCAAGACCUUUACAACCGCGGAAACAAUGUUAAAUGCCCGUACACUACGCAAGUGGCUCGUGAACGACCUUACCAAGAAAGGUAGCAGUGAAGCGAAUGCUGUGGCAAAGCAUAUGGUAGCAGCCAGCUCGGCUGUGCCGCUAGUACAACAAUUUGGUAUCGACCGUGCCAACAUUUUUGGCUUUUGGGAUUGGGUGGGCGGUCGCUAUAGCGUCACGAGCGCUGUUGGCAUCCUGCCUUUGGCUUUGCAGUACGGCUAUGACGUCACCGAGCAUUUCUUGGCUGGUGCUCAUGCCAUGGAUAAGCAUUUGUUGGAAACCCCGCUGCGCAAUAACUUGCCAGUGAUAAUGGGUCUGUUUGGCGUAUGGAAUUCGUCGUUUUUGGGCCACGGCUCCCGUGCAUUACUGCCAUAUUCACAAGCUCUAUUGCGUUUCUCUGCCCACAUUCAACAAGUGGACAUGGAAAGCAAUGGAAAACGCGUGACAAUGGAAGGUGGGGAUCUUCCAUUCGAGGCGGGCGAGGUGAAUUUCGGCGAGCCCGGCACAAAUGGUCAGCACUCGUUUUACCAACUUAUCCACCAGGGUCGUGUAGUGCCGUGCGACUUCUUGGGCUUCUGUGAGUCGCAAAACCCCGUGCAGCUUGAAAAUGAACCCGUUUCCAAUCAUGAUGAGCUCAUGUCCAACUUUUUUGCUCAGCCGGAUGCUCUAGCCUGUGGCAAAACUAUUGAAGAUCUGAAGGCCGAAGGAGUACCUGAAAACUUACAAAACCAUAAGCUUUUCCCAGGCAACCGUCCAUCAAUAUCGCUGCUCUUCAAGAAGCUGGACGCGUUCUCUACUGGUCAACUAUUGGCUUUGUACGAGCACCGCACGGUGGUUCAAGGUGCGAUUUGGGGCUUAAACAGCUUUGAUCAGUGGGGUGUGGAGCUCGGAAAGGUGCUUGCUAAGCAGAAUUUGGAUUUUAGAUCACAUUUUUCAGAGAUGAAAUCGUUCAAAGGAUUGCACCAGAGGAAGCCGGAGGCCGACGACAAAUCAUUCGAAUCAAGUAGCGAAUCAUCAUCACCUAAUGCCUCAAAGACUCUCGCGACUGGUGAUGAUCCUCAUGCAAAUGAAAGCUGGCUGAUCAAUCUGCAGCGCCGUGGCGGCUUCUGGGGCGACGCUCAUUGGUACGAUCUGCAGCUGGAACGACGGCUGCCACUGGCUAAGUCCAUGCUUACGGAGAUGGUAAUGGCAUUGCCUCCAUGCGGAGGUAAAAAAGUUCUAGACCUUUGUGCAGGUAGUGGUCGAGCUUCAGCUGCCAUUCUGAAAGCUUAUCCGACAGUUAAGCUUAUCUUGGUAGACUCGUCCGAGAAGCGGCUUGCGAUGGCGAAUCAAAGACUAGAAAAAAUACAGAGUGGAGUACAGCAACGUGUGCAGUUUGUCACGAAGGUGGUGACAUCCGAACAGACAACACAAUUGUGCGAUGAGCCUGUGGAAGUGGUGGUGGCUUGUCUAGCUUUCCACGUACUCGUAGAAAAGCCAGCGCACUAUGCUAUCGAAGAUAAAAACGAUUCACUAUCAGUCGAGGAAAAAUACCAACAUCUUUUUCAAGCAGUGUGGAAAGCGCUGUGUCCCGGUGGGCACGUAGUGUAUGCCGACCAUGUAGGUCAGCUAGCAUUGUUUAAACAAUUACAAGCGCUAGAAAAAGCAGGCUUUGAAGACGUAGACUGUGCAUGGCGUCAAGAUGAUUCGUUUGUAGCGGCACUUCACUACGAAUUAGCGAUAUUAAGAGUAUACAACGAAAACGACAAAGAGCGUAGUGAUCUUACGUUAAUGCGUGUUCGAAGCACAGCAUCCACCUACAAGCACAGGUUUAAUUUGUUGUAUACAAGCAGUAGGCCUUGCGACCACAAAUUAAUCACGAAUGUUGAAAUCGUCUUUAUAAGGUUGCGAUCGCGUCAGCUUAGCCCCCUGACUGGAUUUCAAAGUGGCCGACGUCCCAAAACACGGGAUGAUGUUUUAGACAUAACUUCGAAUGCAACACAAGUAGCUAUCCGGCGAAGCUCUAGCAGCAGGAGAAUAUGCAGAGAGAAGAGCAAUGUCAAGCUUCAAAAACUUUCAUCAUAUCUUAGUGAAGCAAUCCUUGUUAAACUCUUGUCAAACCAGGAAGAAUCGGUUCGACAUCUCUCUCAGAAAAAUGUGACAGCUCAAAUUGAAUUUCAGUCAUCAAAGCACACAUCAAAUUAUAUCCUGGAACAGAUCAAUACUAAUGCCUCAAAGUUCACGCUGGAAGAUGUUCCCUUGCAUUUAUUACAAGGUGUUUGUGUGGACUUGCGUCGCUGGAGCGUAAUUGUGUCGGACCAGACAUUGCGACGGCUGGCAGCUCACAAUACUCGCAUCACUAAGAUUAAACAAAAAGAUGCGAGCAUAGUAGGUCAAAGCCAACAACGGUUCCCACUGGGCGAGGAAGCAGUUCAGAAUCUGUCGUUGUCCUGUUUGAAUGUGGAAGAUCAACCGACGGAAAUAUUGCUACUGAGCGGAUCAGACGCUAUCACGGAUGUUGGAUUAGCAGUCAUAGCAGCGGCUGUCCCGAAGCUUAAGCAUUUGGACAUUGGUGGAGCUGGGCGCGUUACGGAUACAUCACUCCGUCUUUUGGGUGAAUAUUGUCCCAAUCUUGAGCGUUUAAAUUUGUCUGAUCUCUAUCGAGUGCGAGGUGCAGGGCUAGCGGCUCUUGUUGAUCGUUGUGGGGCUUCACUUAGCCACCUUAGUCUUGCGGGCUGUUGGCAUUUGGAACAUUGGGUGCUUUGUCGAUGUUUUUACGCUGCUCCAAGGCUUACACAUCUGGACUUGUCCUACUGCUCUCAGGUAGGAGAUGAAAUAAUCAAAACACUGGCACGACAGUGUCCACUUUUGAGGAAGCUAGAGCUGAGCGGCUGUUUAAAGAUUUCGGACCAAGGUGUCGUAUGGAUAGCACAAAGCUGUCGUCAACUUGAGUACAUUGCGCUUGACCGCCCCAUCGGAGUACGAGGUGUCAAGCAUUUUACGGAUUUGUCGUGCUCAGCACUGGGAUUAUGUCGGCGUCUUGGCGUCAUUCUGUUAGCGGGGUGUCGAGCUCUUACGGACGUAGGUGUACAGUCCAUGAUUUCCCGAUGUACGCAGCUUACACGUCUGGACCUGACUGGUGUAAUUGGACUUACCGAUGCAACAUGUGCGGCUGUUGGUACUGCUUGUCGCGAGUUGCGAUCUCUGCGUAUCAACGGUGUUAAGGGCAUUUCAAAUGUAGGUUUGCGUCAUCUAUCCGCAGGCUGCACGAAGCUGGAGUUGUUGCAUGUAGCAAAUUUAUAUCUUGUUUCAGAUGGCAGCAACCGUGACUUUGGACUGGAAGGUCUCCGUGCGAUUGCAUCCAAAUGUAUAAUGCUGCGCGAUCUUAACUUGAGCGGCUGCUUUCAACUUCAAGAGCGUGCACUCGUAGCGAUUGGAAUGGGCUGUCCCGCGUUGCACCGACUAAGCUUACAGGGUUGCUUGAAUAUCACACUUGUAGCUGUCUUGGCGGUGCUGAAAGGGUGUCAGCAAUUAGCGCGACUCGAUCUGUCUGCAGUGCUUCAAUGUGAUGAUCGCAUGCUGCGCGCUAUCGCAAAGUAUGGUUCUGCCAUCGUCCAACUUGUUGUUGUCGGAUGCAAACGAGUCGGAGAUGCUGGACUUCGUGAUCUUGCAGCUUCGCGUGCAGAUCAACUCGAGCUACUUGAUCUCACGGGCUGUUGCUUACUAUCCGACGCAGGACUGAAUGCACUCUGCGAUGCAUUCCAGCGGCCAAAGCUGGCGCAUUUGGUGCUGGCAAAGUGUCCUUUUAUCACCGAAGAAUCCAUAGCACGACUUGCAUGUGUGUGCCCAAAAUUGCUCACCAUUAGUGUGCAUGGCUGUCGAGUUUCGGCUCGAGCGCUUCAGAGCUUAAGCUCAUCGUGGCCUUUCGGCGUGCUGCAAAUACCACCUUCGGGUUCUUUAACCGAAAGCACUAUCAACAUGGGUAUCUUUCCUGCCCAACGGGCAAAAGAUCGACGAUACAUUGCAGAAUUUGGUGCUUUAUGGACAGCUGCAUCGACCAUCCAGAAUCUCUUUCGCACUCGUGUAGCGAGACGAGAACUUUUUGAGCGACGGCAAGUGGUUUUGCAACAUGCUGUCGCUCGUAAGCUACAAAGCAUUUGGCGUGGGCGACAGGCGAGGCGAUAUGCAUUGGUUCUCAGGAUGAAUGUUCUGCAUUAUGCAAAGAUAAUUCAGCAGCAUUUUCGUGCUUCACGACAACUUCGGUUUAAACAGAGUGAGGCACAUAACUUGACCCAAAGGCAAGUUGAAGCGGCUGCCGUUCUGGUGCAACGUCAAUAUCGAGCCAUGAGAGCAGGACGUGAUGCACGAUGUCUUGUGGCCGGAUGUCGACGUGAUUUGGCUUACAAGACCCAAGCAGUGCUCAAGUUGCAACGAAUAUUUCGACGACGACAGUGUCGUAAGAAGCUACGUCUUCUACAUAUUCAGAAGCUUGUGCAGUCCAGAAAAGAGCAUUCUGCCAGUGUUCAGAUCCAACGUCGAUAUCGUGGUCACAAGGCUCGACAAUUGGUUUUGAGUCUUCGGAAAGCACAGCAGUGUUUCCUUGGACUUCAAUAUCGUUGUGCAGUGCGCAUACAAACCCGGUUUCGGUGCGCACAAGCUCUGCGUACUGCUGAAAGACGUCGCAAUGUACUCCUUAAGCGUGAAGUGGCUAUCAUCAAGCUUCAGUCAGUCUUUCGCGCUCAACGUGGACGACAAGCUGCUGGCUUGUUGGCGUUAGCAAAGCAACACCAGAAACAGAAACAGGCAGUACAUUUACUGCAGUGUCAUUGGCGUAAAGGACAAACUCGCUUUGCAGGGAUCAUUGCAGCUGAAUCCCGACGAAUCCUUAACCAGCAGCAAUCAGAGGCAGCUGUAGUUAUUCAACGUAUCACUAAAAAAUAUCUUGUGCGACGACGGGCUUGCAGUACAGUUCUUGAAUUGCUCAUGAUGCAACAACGUGCUAUAGAGAUGAAACAAUGGGCUUCGACUCUGGUGCAGGCAAAUUGGCGACGACAUCAAGCAUAUUGUCGUACUCGAAUGGAACGGAUCACGCAACGCACGCGCUGGAAACAGCUUCUUGACUCGAAUAACGAACACGGCGCUGGCAUCGGCGCACCUUUCUAUUUUAAUCAGGUCAAUGGCACGAUUCGUUGGCGUCUACCACGUGAUUUAUUGGCUUUGACUACUCGUCCAACUUGCGCUCAAUGUGAUAUACCGGAAAGUGCUAGCUUUGAGUGCGCAACGUGCUCCGAAUUCUUUUGCAAGCAUUGUGAUCGCGUUGUGCAUGGAGGCAAAAGGCGACGACACAAUCAGCGCGAGCUAUUUGAUUACUAUGGACGACGCCGUGAUUAUGGAGAUGGUACAUUCCCCUCGAUUUGGCCAUCAGAAAUUUUUCAAGAUGCUUCAAGAGGCUACGAUUUCGUGCGUUUUGCUCCUCGUGACAACUAUCAAGAAAUGGUCGAAGAGAUAUUAAACUUUGUACCCGUAUCAACGGGGAGCUGGGACGACGAUAUUGCAUCUCCAAUAGCAGCGUUCUCGCCUACUCCUACUUGUACAUUUAUGAAUGGAAGUACCAGCAAGGAAAAUGAAGGACAACAGCAAACUGUGUAUCGGGACGAUGACUUUGACGAACAAGGUGCUAGUCUGUGGGAAAUCUUUUACGACUACGCACAGGAAAAGUACAGAUACUAUCACCGUAUUUCCAAGCGUGUCGUGUCGCGACUGCCAGAACAAAAGGGACAGCUAGCUCUGAAGAUAUCGGAUUGA